AUGUCGAUUUUCGGUGCCCACAAAGCUAGGAUCACUAAAGCCGCCAACGCAAUCCGCAAGAAGAUCGCGGAGUUUGACGAGGCCAUCUUGGAGCCGUUGGAUUUUACCAUCGAGGCAGGUAGAGAUCCACAGCUUGUUCUUAGUCGUAAAAGUUUACUAUUUUUCCAUUUUACUUCUUUCGGUCGUACUGUUGAUUCUCUUCGUGCCCAGCGAGAGAAGGCCGAGGAGUUUGCUCGGCAGCACCCGGACGAGAACGGCGAGUUCCCCCUCCUCCAGCAGAUUCAGGACCAUUGGGAUGCCAGUGGACUGGAUGACCUUGUGGAGGAGGCCGAAACUCUCCGGGAUCGUGUUGAUGCUGCCAUCAAACUUCUGCCGAGCUCGGAGGCAUUAUAUUAUUUUCGCAGCUCUACUGUUCCUCCCUCUCUUGUUAACCCUACCCCUAACCCUACCCGAGACCCCAUUUAUCCCCAGCAGCUCGCGCCUGAUGUAAGAAUGGAAAUCGCGAGCCAUUCUUCAUCGCACGAUAGGGAUCGUCCAGCUGAUCCCGAGGCAGUCGUGCCAGCGCGUCCAGCACCCCCGCCGGCAUGCGCGCCAAGUGUCGCGCAAGGAUUCGACAACCCCUCCCAUCACCCUUCGGCCCACCCAACUCUUGUGAAUCCCCCUCCAGUUCAUCAGUCGAAUCCAUUCAGUUCUUUUUUAGUCCCCAAUGUCAAUUCUUCCCCUUCAUCCGUGGAACAGACGUUGAAGUUGCCUACGUUUGAGAUUCCGACCUUCCAUGGCGACAUCGACAAUUUUUUGGAGUUCUGGGAUCUCUUCUCGGUAGCCGUGCACAAUAACAUCAACGUGCCAGCAUCGAUGAAAUUUAUGUACCUCAAGUCCCAUCUAAGAGGACCAGCCGCGAGCAUCAUUGCCGGUUUUCAAUCGACGGCAGAAAACUAUGAGGAUGCAGUACGUACCUUGACGAAUACGUACGGUAGACCAGAGAUCCUCCGCAAUAGGCUGUGGGAUAAGUUGAUGCAAUUGCCACCAGCAUCAGAUUCGCCGAUGUCGCAACGCGCGACAUAUUGUACCGUCAAGGCUAUAUGGACCCAGCUUACACAUCUCAAGGAGGACUCUAGUGCUAUCGGUACUCUCAAGAUUAUUCGUGCUAAAUUCCCGAGACGGACGCGCGAAAAGAUCGGCGAAUACAAGACCAAGGGAGACGCGAUGUGGACAGUUGACGAGUUACUUUCGACGUUGGAUACCAUCAUCGACAGAUUGGAAACUAUUGAGGAUGCUGACCCAUCAGAACAUUUUGCGUAUAACUCCCAGGCAUCAGUCCGUCACGAUUCUUCUUUGCCACGUAGGUAUCCGAGCGUGAGCAGCACGGACUCAGCGUUUACGCGCUAUCGUACGUCAUCGUACUACCCCAGACGUCCGUCGGUAUCGCGCACGCCAUCACCCUACAGUAGGCAUAACAGACCCCCAACCCCGUAUUAUCCUCGUAAUGCGUCGCGCAGCCCUAGCAGACCACGCUAUGCGAUUCCAUACGAACCAUACUGCGCCUUUUGCCGUGAUCCCGGACAUCCAUCCGAACGAUGUAACAUCGUGCGAGACGUAGCACAACGAAGAUCCAUUCUUGUUCGUUACAGAUUGUGUUGGUUGUGUCUACAGCGAGGUCACGGAUACGCUCAGUGUGAUGCGCCAUUGUGUGAGUACUGCGGUAGGAUACACCAUAGAGCUCUCUGUUGGAAUCCUCCGCGCGCACGUACGCCACCACCUCCAGCGAAUGGAAACACCAGGCAUAGUCUCGACAGGUUUUACUCUCCGAGACGUGUGCAAUUUUACAGAGAGACUCAGGGAUCAGUGCCGCGCGCAUAUCGAGGUUACUCGCGCGCAUCGUCAUCGCGUAACGCUUAUCCUAAACCGCCAUCACCAUCUAGGCGACAACCUUCUUCACCGGCUAGACGCGCCUCUUCGGCACGCAGGUCGCGUAGUAUUUCCGCAGUACACAGCGCCACCGGUACUCCUGAUCAACCCGUAGCUAGCGUGGACGAGCAAGCAGAGCCCCUGGAUCAUCACCGAAUUCGCGUAGGCUCUCACUCACCAUCAUCCUGUAUAUCUGUGUGUUCGCAGGAAUCAGCGCAACCGCGCUUGAUGGUAGUCCAUGCAGUUACGAAGAAUUAUAAGACGGAUACGGAUGAGUUGCUCACAGUCUUUUUAGACAGUGGCUCUCAAUUUAGUUUCAUCUGCACCUCGUUAGCCAAACAUCUAGGCUUAUCAUUUCGUAACACCAGGACAUUUACGACUCUGACGUUCGGCGGUCACCAAUUCACGGAAGAAUCGUCAGAGGUUACACUCAUACUCUGGGACCAGUAUAACUACCCGAUCUAUCUCGAUCUAUGGACGCGCGAGAGGAUCACGACAGUCCCACGGACCAACACCCAGAACGACAAAGACAUCGUCGAUUUAGGAGACAGAGUAGAAGUCGAUGUACUAAUCGGGAUAGACAAUUAUUGGCGUAUUGUGGACCUGCACAGGAAUGAGAAGUUACCAUCUGGCCUCAUACUGUCGCACACCAGAUUUGGACCCGUCUUGUCUGGACAGAAGCAUCCACUUGCCACGAACACCCUGUUAGCCACGAAGACUCCGCUCGAUGAUGACGAAGUUGCAACCCACCAGUUGAUCAAGAGUCUUUUCGGCUUGGAUCUGGUUGCAACGGAAGAGGAAGAGAACACAGAAGAUGCUAAUACCAUCAAGCAUUUCUACGAUACCGACCUUUGGGAGCUCGGAUAUGGAUGGGAUGACAGUCUUACCGACGAAGAUAUCCAGAAAUGGAACUCGAUCGUGCAGGAUAUUAGCAGUUUUCAGCUAAGCGUACCGCGCUACAUUGGUGAUACUUUCGAGGAUACAUAUGACCUGGUCGUAUGUUCUGACGCGUCUAAACGCGUUUACGCUACUGCCAUCUACAUUUUGACGCGCCCUCGUCGCGGUAUACCUCGAUCUACUUUGCUUUUCGCCAAAGCAAAGUUGGCCCCUCCCGGUGCCAUCACGAUACCGCGCAUGGAACUCUUAGCUUCCCAUAUGGCAGCUAAGACAGUACAGUUUUUGAGGGCCCAGCUGAAGCCAUCACAGCCCAUACCACCAGGAGCAGAAUCGGAAGAACUUCGCAUACCUGAGACGGUCGUAAAUUCGGUUAGUGGUACCCAGGAGGCGUAUACGUCUUUUGUGCCGUUUACGCGCACCAACUCCUACGUGAAGCUAGUCCGUAUAACAGCGUACAUUCUUAAAUACGUGACUAAAUUGCGUCAUAGAGUCAGGACGUGCAAUCAGCGUGAGGACCAGGAAGAACGUUUUCCAUUCAACACGAUGAAUAUUACACCCACGAUAACAUCGGACGAUUUUAUGGCAGCUGAGCUCGUGCCCAUACGAGAGCACUACCGUGAGAGCCAGCGCCAAAUGAAUGGUACGUAUGUGAAGAAGCUCCACACUAAGCGCGAAACGGAUGGUACUAUAAGAGUUGAUAUGCGCAUGGUUAACGCGCAGAUGAGCGAUACGAACCCAUACGUUCUGUACGUACGAUUCUCUCCACUGUCAAUAAAUCUAUCUGUCACCAGUCGACUAUUGUGGAUCGAGGAUAAAGAGGGAACAACACAAUUAGCCGCGCUUCUUUCUUCUGUUGAGCCCUCAUAUUGUUAUUUACCCUUUAUCAAGCGCACUUUUUUCCAGCUGUGCGGACUUUCAACUUUCGUAUUUGGCAACAUCAUGCAGCAGUCUUCGUCGUCGCUGUCGCGCACAGUUAGCCCAGACGCGCAAUCCCUUGACGCAGCAGCAUCAGCGCCUAGUACAUCGCGCGCGAGAUCACAAGGCCCAGCUUCAGUAGACGACGCUAUUAGGAAACUGGCAGGCAUAGAAGCGAGACGUCGCGUUGCGCACAUGAGUAACGAGCUGGAAUGCAGGCAGAUACUUGCAGCGAUUGAGCGACAGCAGCAGCGUUUACGCGCGCGCAUCGCUAGUAAUGACCCAGACGCGCCUCUUUUGCCUAACCCAGCACCUGAUAGGAUGGCGCCUACACUACCGCUUCUGCAGGACUCUACAGACGCGCUGCCGCAUACGGUAGAAGAGCUUACAGCCGCGCAGCUCCGCAGGGUCUAUCAGUUUCUUAUUAGGUCGGGCACGCCGCUAGCGCCAGUACAGCAGGAAGUUCAGCAGGCCGCGCUUUUGACACCUGAGCAGCAAUACCAGGCCGCGCAAGUAGUAUUCCAUACGCGCCAGCUAACGGAUGUGCUAGACAGCGCUAAUAACGUUUUUAUGAACGCGCAAGUUUUACUGCUGCGCAAGGACAAGAUGAACUUGAGGUAUGUCGCGCUGAUGGGCCAUAUACACAUUGUGCAGCACAUCAGCACUGGAAUCGCAGUCCAUCGCGAUCUCAUCCUGGAGUAUUUACUGCCACCUCUGUUUGCGCGCUCGCAAGUCUUUUUAGAUGCUUUGGCCGCGCUAGGAUGUACCGAAGCCACUAUCACGGAGAAGACCAUGGCCGCGUCAGCAGCGAUAGCUCAUGCCACCCGCUUGACGCGCACAUUGGAAGCCCUUCAGAUGAACUGUGUCAUCUCGCGCCGAGGAUUGAGUCUUACAGAGCAAGAUCAAGAGUACCGCAGACUUGCCGCGCCGGCCGAUCCUGGACCACCACCUUUGCAGCCGCGCACCUAUACUCAAGCUCUGCGUAUGUGGCAAGAGAGUUAUGAUGAGAUGCUCCACAGUUCUCUGACUCACGAAUUCCUUGACAUGAUCGAGCGAGAAGGUCUUACGGUACAGUCCGAUGAAGAGCAACCACAAGAGAGCCCAGAGAGUGAGCAGUCCUCGACUAUAACCGUUUCUUCAGUCGCGCGAAACAUCAGCGCUAUAUCGUCACCCGAAAUUAGGAAUUUGGAGAAAGAAGAAGUCCUACCGGAAGAUCAAGGACAGACAGUUUCGCUUCAGCCGCCGGACGCGCAACAGGAAGAAUCAUCACAGACAUACCCGACGCGCCAAUCAGCCCCACAAGAAGAACAGCAGCACCCAGGCCCUUCGAUUCCACCGGAACAUCGCCUUGAGCACAUUCUCGACGCCGUGCUGGAGGCUGGGCAGGAGCCCAAUCAGCCAGUGCAGCAAGCCGCGCAGCCAGUGAGGUUCGAAGGAAGAUUUAGGCGAGAACAUCGGCCGUGCGUUUUUUGUGAAGGGACGCGACACUUCAGCGCGGAGUGCAACGUGGUCAAGGACAUGAUAGAGAGAGUGCGUAUCGCGCAGCAGAAAGGGAUCUGUCCUAAGUGUCUUGCGGUGCAUUAUGGGAGCUGUUUUAAGGAAUUUCACUGUAAGAAUUGUGGCGGGGCGCGCCAUCACCGCGCGUUUUGCAUGCGUAACUCGGGUAUAGAUAAGAGCAAUGUGCAUAUGCCGGCGGCCGCGUUUUAUUCCUGGCUUGAAGAGUUAACCUACAACCCGAUACCAUCUGGGGAAUUCCAGCCGCGCGCUAGAACACCGUCGCCUCAGCGUGGCGCGCGUGAGUAG